CCGGCUACGUCGGCGCGAGAUGCCGGAACUCACGUGGUACGUUCAGGUCGGGUCCCCGCUUCGCGCGAGUCACCGCGUUCCACGAUGACAGGCUUUCCACGCUCCGGUCGCCCUUAGGCAUGCGCGACAGACAUUCGGAUCAACUAAGAAUACAAACUGAAGCCCUACGACUUCUCACCGGUUUGCGCUCUCGCCGAGGCUCGGGCUGCUUGCGGACCGGCCUCCUUCGUUCCGCUUCUCCCCACUCCGAAAGUUUAAGGGCGGCGUCAGCUUGCUGUUGGCAGGUCCCUGGGCAAACAGUGUGUGAGAUGGGACGGACGUCAAAGGACAAGCGGGAUGUCUACUACCGCCUAGCCAAGGAGAAUGGCUGGCGUGCCCGCAGUGCCUUCAAGCUGCUACAACUUGACGAGGAAUUCCAACUCUUCCAAGGUGUGACGCGGGCAGUUGACCUGUGUGCGGCCCCGGGCAGCUGGAGCCAGGUGCUGAGCCAGAAGAUUGGGGGCCAGGGGUCCGGCCACGUCGUGGCCGUGGAUCUUCAGGCUAUGGCUCCACUACCAGGUGUGUUACAGAUCCAGGGGGAUAUCACCCAGCUGUCCACUGCCAAGGAGAUCAUCCAGCACUUUGAGGGCUGCCCCGCCGACCUAGUGGUGUGCGACGGGGCUCCUGAUGUAACCGGCCUCCAUGAUGUUGAUGAGUAUAUGCAGGCCCAGCUCCUCCUAGCCGCUCUGAACAUUGCUACACAUGUCUUGAAGCCAGGGGGCUGCUUUGUGGCCAAGAUCUUCCGAGGCCGGGAUGUGACACUGAUCUACAGUCAGCUGCGUGUCUUCUUCUCCACCGUGCUCUGUGCCAAGCCCAAGAGCAGCCGGAACUCCAGCAUUGAGGCCUUUGCUGUCUGUAAGGGUUAUGACCCCCCUGAGGGCUUCCUGCCGGACCUGACCAAACCCCUGCUGGACCACUCUUACGAUCCAGAUUUCAACCAAUUAGAUGGUCCCACCCGCAUCAUUGUACCAUUUGUGACCUGUGGGGACCUGAGCGCCUAUGAUUCGGACCGCAGUUACCCACUGGAUCUAGAGGACGGCUCAGAAUACAAGUAUACUCCGCCCACGCAGCCCCCCAUCUCACCACCGUACCAGGAGGCCUGCACCUUGAAGAAGAAGGGGCGGCUGGCCAAGGAGAUCCGACCCCAGGACUGCCCCAUCAGCACAGUGGACACGUUGCCUCAGUCCCUGGCCGCCCCACAGCGCCACACCCUGCUGGCCUCUGAGGUGGAAGACAGUGAAAUGAACUGUUCGCCUUAAGAUGUUAAGUUAGCUGGCAAUCUGAUAAGGACUCGGAAGCUGUUUGCUGUCAGGAAAACCAGAACUUGAGUUGAUGAACUUGUUUUCAAAUAUCUCAUCAACCGGUCCUGAACAUACAAGCUCCGAGUGGGAACCUGCAGCAACCACCAGGAACACAGCGAGGAAAGAAACAUCACGGAAUGUCCGUCUGCACUGCAGAGGGGAUUCUUGAGUGGGGUCUUGCCUCUUCUCUAAAUCUUUCCAGCCGUGUCCUGAUUAUGUCCAGAAUUUACCCUGAGAGCGGGGGUUCUUAACCUGGGUAGAAGUCAGGGUUAUGUGUGGAUUUGAUGGAGGGAAACAUUACAUCUUUAUUUUCACUAAUAUAAGUGAAAUUUUAGCUAUACUCCCGGAUCUGAAUGCUGGCAUCAAAUCACAAUAGUAAAAGCAGUGCCUGCAACUUCCACCAAUACAGAUCACAGUUACUUUUUUAUGUUAUGUUACAGUCGUUGCAGGCAUCUUAAAAUGUUGUUCACAUUGGUCACUACUUUGAA